AUGAUUCGAUGGUUCGAGUUUCCUCCAAAACUUUCGAUUCCAUGCAAUGGUCCUACGAAAUCAGAGCAGUUCAAGCAGCGUGACUACGCGAACGCGUUCGAGCUCCGUGUCCUGUUUUCACUGCGCUCGAUUGCACGACCCAAUUCAAAUUCCGAGCUCUGCAGUUUCCAGAUGAACCCCAGCAACGACUGCGCCACCCCGAGAAGCGAUGGCCGCGGCAGCAGCAGCGGCAGCGGCAGCGACGGGAAUGGGGGCCGCUCGGCGAACACCUCGUCGCGGCGCCGCCGCCGCAUGCCGUCCACGCCUACGGGUACUCAACUCAUGUCGGAGUUCAACGCUGCUGGUGAUGCCGGGGGCUCCGGGUCUUCCUUGUCGCCACCGUCUUCCGGGGCCCUCGACCUGGAGGGCGUGCUCCUCCUAGCCACCCCGGUGGCAACGGACAGCACCAUCAUCAUGGAGGGUGAGCUCCUCGACGACGACAACGAACCAGGUACCCCCUCCGGCACCAGGCGCUCCGCUUCUCUCGUCGACAACAACGGACUGGGCGCCUCCGCCUCCGCCAGCGCCAGGCGCUCCACCUCCGUCGACAACAACGGGCCCAGCAACAAGGUCUCCAUCAGCGACCUCGACCUCGUUUUGGUCUCCUCCGGCUCUCAGGGCUCCAGUGGAGGUGGGAGCGGCGGCAGGCGCAGCGGCAGCGCCUCCAAUGAUCAGUUUCACCAGAGGGAGGGACAUCGUAGAAUGUAUGCCCCAAGGAACAACAGACAUUAUGAGGUAAAUAUUUCUGGGGCCAUUUACAGCAAGGCAAAUACAUCUUUGCUUUCUUUCACAAGGUUCUUCCCUGUUACUGAAAUAGUAGUAUCUCUGGUUCUGAUUCUUUUCAUGAGGUUUCACAUACAAUUUUUCAUGCUUUUUCUAUCUAAUAUACAGGCGGGAUCCUCGAGCCGGCAGGCAGCGCCAGGGCAAUGGCAAGGCGGCUGUCCGCCCAACAUCCAGAUCCAGCCCCAGCAGGGGCCGGAGUUCCACUUUCCCUUCAACUUCCAUCCGCCGCCGGGCUUCCGCAUCCCCCCGAACAUGAACUUCCAGCGGCUGCAGGUCGGACCGGAGUGCCAAAUCCCGGUGCCCCCGCCGACCCCGCCGCUGUGGGGGGUACCGACAUUCGGUGCCGGACUGAGACUGCAACUGGGACCAGCCGUCCGAGGACCCGUGCAGCUCUACGGGUCACCUUCGAGCUACCCACCAUUCGAGGUCACCACCAUGGUCCUCCCCAGGAGGUCCUCAGGUCUGUACCCGCCGCCCGGCGUCACCAUCCGCCACCCCCCGACCAGCAACGGGGACUCGCCGCCGCCGCCGCUGGAGCAGCCCGCACGCACCAGGGUCACCAUCACGGCCCCGCCGGCCAGCGAGGGACCCAGGCAGCCGGAGGCAAUGCCGCUGGAGCAGAGCGUACAGUCCAAGAUCACCAUCAAGGCCCCGGCGGCCGGCGAAGGGAGCUCGUCGUCGCCACCCAAGCAGCCGGAGCAGCUCGAGACGCGUCCGUCACAGCCGGUGCCGCUGUCGCGUGUGCCGGCGUUCCGGUGGCCCCCGAUUGCAGAGGACGACGCCCUCUUCACGGAGUGGCUGCACGGCCGCAGGCGCCGUACCAGGAGGCUGCCCGUGUUCGAGGACAUCUGCCCCGACGACGGAACUAGCCAACCCCCUCCUCUUCCAAGCCAAGCCCCUCCACCACCUCCGCCUCCUCCGACAAGCCCACCGCCUCCGCCUCCGCCGCCUCCGACAAGCCCACCCCCUCCGCCUCCGCCUCCUCCGACAAGCCCACCCCCUCCCACUCCGCCGCCGCCUCCUGGGAGCCCGUGAGAUGGUUCGUCGCUCCGCCCCCGUACAUCCCUGUUAGCCGUACCGGACCCCCCCUACCCCGUCGUCCCCGUCGCCCUCGCUGCGGUAAUGACUUCCGUGGGCGCUCCUUUUCUGCUGAACUUUCAGUAAAACUGCCGCUGCGUCGAAUUCCUCUGCAAACAAAAUGCUCUGGUUUGUGGAGCUCUCGGGACCAAAGACAUGUUGCCGUGGUUGGUUGUUGUGUGUGAACUCUGUCAGUCCGUUUAACUACCUGGUCGUCGUUGAGAACCGUAAGGAUUUGAUUUGAUGCCGUAGGAUCGAAUGAAUGCCGUUU